AUGACCCUGCUACUGUACUGGCUCCUCAGUGCCCUCUGUCUGACGACUAUCAGUGGAUUUACCUCUGAUGACAUCAAAGAAGCUUUACUAAAGAAACUCAGCCUCCCUGAGGUCCCCCAGGUCCAUAAGAGAGACCUAGACAACUUGGUGAUCCCAAAGCACAUCCAGGAUAAAUACAUCUCCAUGCUCCAUAAGCACAGAGAGAGGAAGAGAAGAUCUCUGCCCAGCUUAGCUGGUAUCAUCAGGGGCAUCUCUGGCAAUGCAGAUAUCUCUGGAGAGGUGCUCUACUCAGACACCACCAAGCAAACGCUGGUUUUUGAGAUGGAAGCCAGGAUCCCUGAUAACAGCGAGGUGACCAUGGCAGAACUCAAGCUCUUCAAGAUUUCACCCAACCUCUUCAAUGCACCAGACAGAAGGCUCCACAGACCGGUCACAAACGCUAGAGUUAGUGUCUACUAUGUGGAAAUAUUGGCUGAUGGAACUAACAGAACAUCUCUGAUUGACUCCAGGCUGGUACCCAUCAUGGAAUCUGGCUGGAGGAGUUUUGAUGUGACAAUGGCUGUGCAUUACUGGAUGAGGAACAAGGGUCAGCGCAAUAUGCACCUGCAGAUCAAAGUGGAUGGAGAGAGACAUGGCAGUUAUGCAUCCAACAUGGCAAAGCUGGUGCAAUUCACUACCCAGGACCCAUCAGACAGUGUUCUGGGCAAGCCUGAGCUGGUGUUGUAUACACUUAACCUGGAUGAGCACGGUGCCCGCGGAGACUGUGCAAAUUCAGGUACAAAGAAAGACAAUGCUUGCUGCAGGGAGGAAUAUUACAUCAACUUCCGGGAAAUGACCUGGACGCAGUACUGGAUCAUUGAGCCUGCAGGAUACCAGGCCUUCCAUUGUGUAGGUGGUUGCAAGCAGCCCAGAUUCCCUAUGCGCCAAUAUGGGUAUGGGGAAAGAACUUGUUCAGUAGCAGAAAGCGCCCCUCUGCCAGUCAUGUACCUGGUCAAAAAGGGAGACUACACAGAAAUUGAGGUGGCAGAGUUUCCCAACAUGAUUGUAGAAAAAUGUGGCUGCACCAUGGAUAAUAUUUCUGUCAUUUAA